AUGAAAGUGACGCGAAUGGUCAAUCCAAAAGGCGCGGCUUCCACCGCCCAACUACAGCAAUUUAUCGAGCACGUGAAGCCCGCCGAGUUCUAUUAUACACUUGUCUCAACGAUCAUUCGACGAGCCACGAGGAGAGCGCAGUCUUUUUGCAGAGUCCUGCUUUGCGUGCGGCGAAGACGCUUCACCUGGUGCUCGAGACGACAAAUCUCUUCUGGAUACACGCGCUUCGGCCCAAAGACUUCGCUGCUCGUUAUCAAAGGCGACGACGGUGAUCCCGCUGAACUGGUCCAUGUCGAGGUCUUUGUUACUGCACUCAUCCAGCGUUGGCUGCACGGCACGGAAGAAUACGGGAAAAUCCAGAUCGAAUCCGGUUUUUACAGACAGCUGGGUGCUCGUCUUUUGGCACUGGUCGAUAAGCUGGGCCGGAUGAUGCGCUCUGAAAUGGGAUGGAUCGAUCGGAAAUACGAGGGAAUGGAGCUCAUUCUCAGAGCCAGCGAUGGACAAGCCUUGCUGGUCUAUUGGGAUGAAGAGAAUGCCUGUUUCUACCUCCUUCCCUGCAACUAUAAUUUUCGACGGAGUCGCUGUCUCGGAAGUUACGAACGAAACGAGGCGGCUCUCGCUAGGAUUUGUGGACUGAUCGUCCUGGCCGAGUUUCGAUCUCGGUACAUUUUGGAGCUUGCAGCGGAGACGCUGAAAUGUGUCGAGAAGGAGUGCGUCAAGUUCAACGCGUACAACAAGGGCGCCACGCAGAUGGAUCUGUUGACGGACGCGAUCUGGCGCCCAAAAUCCCAGCGGCGCUCCCCGUGGGCAACAGUUGACGGUCGUAUCGAGCAGUCGGCCACCUAUCCGUUGAACCCGAUCCACUGGCGCGCGUACGACUACGCGAAGGCGCUCGAGAUGACGGGCCGACUGCCGUCAUUCCCACCGAUAAAU